AUUCAUGAAUUUUGUUUCAAAUUACAAUGAAAAAAAUGUUGCCGAAUCCAACAUCGACCAAUCAAAUCGUUCAUCGACCUAAACAACAACGAAUUGUCGAUCGUUUUUCAUAUUUAUUACGUAAAUGUCCACCACCCGGAUCAUCAACCACAUCGUCUUCGUCAUCGGUAACAUUUCAUCCAUUAAUUAAUCGUGUAACAAGAAUAGGUUCUGGUAUACAGGCAAAUUUACGUAUACGUGAUCUGGAUAAUAUUGAUACAAUUCAUGCUGAAAUUCAUCAAACUAAUGAUAAUCCAUUCAAUGAUUAUGAUAAUGAUCAUCAAUAUGGACAAAAAUUUAAUAUUUUAAAAACGAUUAGCUGUCGAAAACCAACAUUUUUAAAUGAUCAGCUAUUAAAUUCGGGUGAAAAUCGAUUAUUACGACAUCAAGAUCGUUUAACAUUUGGUGGUGGUGAAAUUGAUUUUGGUUCGAAAAAUCGUCAAAUAAUAACAACAUCGAAAUCUAAACGUCAUGAUUAUAUAUUCGAAAUUCAAGAAAUUCAACAAUUAACAUCAUCAUCAUCGUUGAAAUCAUCAUCGAUACAAUCGAUAUCUUCGUCAUUAUCAUCAUUGACAAAUCGAAAUAGAAUUUCAAUCAAUAAAUCUUUGAUUAGUAAAAAACAACGGCAACAACAACAACGAAAAUAUGAAUUACGUGUUGCAACAUUACGAAAAAAUCAUUUAGUAGCAACAUCGAUCAACAAUACUAAUAACAACAACAACAACAAUAAUGAUGAUGAUAAUAAUACAAAACAUCGACAGCAACAACGAAAACAGCCAAAAACAUUAUCAUCAUUAAAUAGAAAUUCAAUGGCAACAAGUAGCAAUCAAAUAACAAAAGCUAUGAAUAUGGAUUCGAAUUCUAGUGAUAAUGUUGAUGAUAAUGAUGAUGAUGAUGAUGAUGAUAAAUGGAAACAUUAUCACGAACAAGUUCAAGAACAACAAAAUGAUGAUGAUAAUGAAGGACAAUAUUUGGAACAACAACAAGAACAAUCAUCAUUAAUGAUUGAUCCCAAAACAAUGUCGAUGAUGAAUGAACAUCGUUUUUAUACAGAAUCGAUACCAUCGAUUUCGAUUCGAAUGACAACACCAUCAUCGAUUGUAUGGACACCAAUUUCACAAUCAAAUCAUCAAACAACUGCUGCUGUUACAAAUGAAAAUAAUCAACAAAAUCGAAUCAAUAGAAGAUAUCCUAUUGAAUAUUUAGAUAUUGAAACACCAAAGAAAAAAUGUAAUAAUAAUAAUAAUAAAGUAUUACCGAUGUCAUUGUUAACAUUGAAUUUCAAUUUAACAUCAUCAUCAACAACAACAGCGACAACAAAAAUUGAUCACGAACGAAAAAAUUUAAUGACAUUAUCACAUGAUGAUAACGAUAACAAUGAUCCUGAAACAAAAUUCAAACAACAACAGCAAAUUCGAAUAAUGGAUCAAACAGGACUGUUUUUAGGUUUGGGAAAACAUAAUCCACAACAGCAACAACAACGUGAAAUUAUUAUAAAGGCACAUAAAACUGAUGAUGGUAAUUUCGAAAUUCAAAUCAAUAAUGUUGGUUUUCGUUUUCAAAUUGAACAUGUUGAAAUUGAACCACAUCCAUCGAAUGAUAAUGAUGUUGUAAUGGAAAUAGAGGAAUUAAAUCCGCAGCAACAACAAACAGGAAAAAUUGAGGAAAAUAAUCCAUUGAUCCAAGAUGAUAAUGGUAAUGAUGAUGGUAAACAAAAUGAAGAACAACAGCGAUUGUCCGAUGAGGAAGGUAAUGUUGAUACGAAUUUAGAAUCUGAAAAUUCUGAAAUCGAGCAACAACAAAAAGAAUUUGAUCGAAUAAGAUCGAAAAGUAUUGAUUUGGCCGAAAUGUUAUCGAAUGAAUUAACAUUUCAACAGGAUAAAAUCGAUAAAGUGGAUACUAAAUCUUUAUCAUCAUCGUCAAGUUCUUUAUCUAUUUCCACUGAUACUUCUUUUCAUUCAUCGAUCAUUUCCUCAUCCGAAACCACCGAUGAUAUUGUUGUUGAUGCCAAUGUUGAUGAAAAUGAGCAAUUGACGUGUCAACAACCGAAUCUAAUUCAAGUCAAAACAACAUCAACAUCAUCAAUAAAUAAUUAUGAUCGAUUGUCACAUGAUAAUCGAAAUGACGACAACAAUGAUCAUGAUAAUGUAUGUGAUCAACAACAGCAACAACAACAGGAUCAAAAAAACGGUAAUCGAUUGUUACAGUUGGAUAAACAUUUAAUUGAUGAUAAUGAUGUUGGCCACCACAAACCUCGAAAACAAUUUUCUAUUUACACUGGAUUAAUACGGCAAUUGUUUCAAUCGAAAACACCUGUAGCCGAUUAUGUCACUUAUGUUGAUCAAUUAGUUGAAUUAUUAUAA